ACGGGUAUAUCCUGUAUAUGCCUAGGAACACCUAAACGCCACUGAAAGAGAAGUGAACAAGCGAAAGGGCACAAGACUUCAAUUUCAACAUGCAGAGCCCAGCGUCCAAAGCCCGCACGCUUUCAGAAGACCAAUUCUCAUGCUCCAUUUGUCUAGACGUGUUUGUGGAACCGGUCUCAACACCAUGCGGACAUAGCUUCUGCAAGGCCUGCCUGCAAGGCUACUGGAACCACAGCAACAAGAUUCUGUGCCCCAUGUGCAAAAAGUCCUUCUCCAAAAAGCCAGAGCUAUGCGUGAAUCGUGUUCUUGCCGAGAUCGCAGAGCAGUUCCAGGGCCUUUCUGUCACGCAAGCAGGGGGUGCAGAAGGCGUGAUCUCACCAAGACCCGAAAGAAAAGAUGAGGACAGCGGUGAGUUUGCCAAACCUGGUGAUGUGCCCUGUGAUGCAUGCAUUGGAAGAAAGCUGAAGGCCUUGAAGUCUUGCCUAAGUUGCCCAGGGUCUUUCUGCGAAACCCACCUGAGGCAUCACAAGAAAGUCAAGGCCAUGACCAAGCAUAAGCUGGUGGAACCCAUCCAUCACUUGCAGGAGAAAGUGUGUAAAAAGCACGAGCGCCUAUUGGAUGCCUACUGCCGCAAGGAGCAUGUUUGUGUGUGCCGCGAAUGUGCUGAGGAUGCACAUAAGACACACAAUAUCAUCUCAGUAGAGCGUGAAUAUAAGAAGUUAUCGAGUCAACUGGGGAUGCGAAGAUCUGAGCUGAAACAUCUGAUUAAAGAGAGAGCCAAGAAACUAGAGGAAAUCAAACAGUCUAUUGCAGUUAUCAAAUCGAGCAGUCAGCGGGAGAUCGAGGAGAGUUGGACUGUGUAUGCUGAGCUUCAGAGGCUGCUGGAGCAGAGUCAGGCCCAGUUGGUGGAGCACAUCACGUUCCGGCAGAAGCUGGCUGAGGAGCAGGCACGAGAUGUGGCUAGUCGUCUGGAGCAUGAGCUUAACAUCCUCAAAAACAGGAGCUCUGACUUGGACCUUCUCGCAAAUACCCAUGACAAGGUGCUCUUUCUUAAGCUUUUGCCGGCUCUCCCUCCUCCACCUGAGCCUACUGAUUGGACAGAUGUAUCUGUAAACACAGACAUGCAUCUUGGCACAAUCAGGAAGAAUGUCUCUUCGCUCGUCGAGAAGUUCCAGGAAGAAGUGAAGCGCCUCUAUGGGAAAGAGCUGAGAAAGAUGCAGAAUUAUGCAUGCGAGGUGCUUAUAGACCCAUCCACAGCACAGCGAAACCUGGUUGUUUCUGAAGAUGGUCAGCAGGUUCAUUAUGAAGAUGGCCGUAAAGCCUCAUCCCAAUCAGACCACCCACGCCGCUUCAGCCCGGCUCUAUUCGUUUUAGCUCGUGAAGGCUUUUCCUCUGGCAGGCACUACUGGGAAGUAGACUUGGGACGGAAAACAGCAUGGACCAUAGGAGUGGCUCGGGCAUCUGCUCGUCGCAAAGGAGACAUUCGUCUCAAUCCUGAAGGUGGUUUCUGGUGCUUAUGGUUGAAAAACAAUGAGGUGAAAGCUUUGGCAUCAAGCAGGAUUCCUCUCCAACUACCCACACUGCCACAUAAGGUGGGUGUCUACCUAGAUCAUGAGGGUGGACAGGUCUCUUUCUACGAUGUGAAGGCACAGACCCACCUGUACACAUUUAUGGACACGUUCGGUGAGAGCGUGUACCCCAUCUUCAGUCCGUGUGCCAAUCAAGAGGGAACUAAUUCAGGAGCACUGUCCAUCACAUCUGUGAAACACAGCUAAAGCAGCAUGGUUGUCUGUAGAAUGAAAGUCUGCAGAAUAUAUUACUAUGUUUUUAUACACACUGGACAAUCAAAGUUGAAUUAAGGAAAUACAAAAGUCUUUGUUAACUUUGAUAAUGAUACAUGUUUAUGUAUUUUGAUUAAUACCUCAGUUUUUAAUAUUGACUAGUCAAGAAAUACGUACAUUACUUACUACGUCUGAAUUUUGAAAUAUAUUUGAAAAUAUGACAAAACAUUGGGUUUUGAAUAAAAAAAAAAACUUCUGGCAGAAACCUUGACAUCUCUAUUUUUAUAAUACAGCAUAAAUGUACAAAAUGAUCAUGACAAUUGAAAAUAAAAAUAAAAUGUAAAAUGUAAAAGUUAUUUUAUAUAGACUAUAUUCAGAACUUUCUGCUUGCAAAUCUUUGUAAUGAACCAGUUUUACAAACACAGCAGUCAUUUAUUUUUUGCUAUAUGUGUGAUUAUCUUACAGUUUCAUUAGAUUUUGGAUAGUUACACUCCAAUAACACAAUGUAAAAUCAGCCUAAUCAGUUCUGUGUGUAAUUCAAUUCUACACAUUUUAAACUUAAAUUCUUAAAAUGUUAUUUUAGCUAAUUAAAGCUUGUAAUUUACACAAAUAAAUAUACUGGGGCUAUUUUAACUUAAUUUUUGGCAUUGGCAUGAACAGAAUACUGUAUUUUUUGACAAUGUUGAAAAUGUAUACCAAAGUGUAAAGGACUACUUUAAAUCAUUUUAUUCUCAAUUGUAUGUUUUGUAUUUUCAAUUGCAUUGCUUUUGCAAUUCUGUGAUUGGUGUAAGAUUAACUACAAUACACAAUAAUGAUAGCAUGUUAUCAUUUUAUUUACGAAAAUUAGAUUUACAUGUGUUUAUUCUUUCUAUCAUUUGUACUUUGUAUAAAAUCAUCAACACUUUUUGAGACUUCAAUAAAAUUAAUUA